AUGGCCGAACAAGCAAAACAGCAAUACAUGAACCUGAGCGCGGAGGACAAGAAGAUCCUGGAAGACGCUCACAGAAACGCCAGCAACCCUCAGCAUCCUGCGAACCCAGAGCAUGCUCAUCACGGUGAAUUCGCGAAGAAGUUGUUUUCAAAGUUCGGAAAUGCUGCGGUGUGGGGUGCUGGCGCUACAUUUGGUGCAGAUACCGUCAACAGUCUGCUUGGGCGGUAG